GUGGUUUGGUGAUAGAUCGGCAGUAUUUUUUUCAACGGCUUUGUUUCAGUGUCUCUGCCAUGGUUGCAUUUUGCUUCCCAGUAGCUAUGCCUGCACACAUGGAGUCUGAGAUAUCUGCCAUAAUUAGAGGGGAGGGAAAAGAUUAAUGAAAUAUUAUUGCCUAAACUACUUCGCUGAAAUAAUUGGCUGGGAGAGGAUAGAGCUAGAAAGAGACUGGAGUUUGCGUUUCUCAUCAUUACUGAUUAUUGUCAUAAAGGUUUUCAGGCUCCAGUAUGAGAGGAAAACCCAUGGUAUCCCCCUGGAGUUGUUCUGACUUGCAUUGCAAUUUGUCUGCACAAUAUAGGGGGAGGAGGAAGGGGGCUGUGCUAGGAGGUUCUCAAACAAUAACAGUGUUGGAAAAUGACUUUCUUGUGUUUCAGCUUCUUCUGUCAAUUUUUUUUUCAAGAGCACUUUAAUAUUCACCCUAGCUGAAAUAGAUGCUUACAGAUUAUUAUUUCUCCACAUUCAACAAUAUAAUUUUGAGUAUCUUGUCUUUGUCCUUUUGGUACAACACUUGACGUCUCCUCGCAUUGAGUCUAAUAUUUUUUCCACUAGGAACCAGUGAACCAUUGGCAUUCUUGAAAACCUAAAAAGGAAACUUAGAUUCUUCAGGCAAAUUUUGGCUGGUAGAGAUUCUGGAUAACAGAUAAAACGAUCUGACCACCAUGAGUUGGAGUUUCUUGACCCGUCUGUUAGAGGAAAUCCACAAUCAUUCAACAUUUGUUGGCAAAAUCUGGCUGACAGUUUUGAUUGUCUUUCGGAUUGUCCUUACUGCUGUGGGAGGGGAAUCCAUCUAUUAUGAUGAACAAAGCAAGUUUGUGUGCAACACGGAACAACCAGGAUGUGAGAAUGUUUGCUAUGAUGCUUUUGCUCCUCUUUCGCAUGUGAGAUUUUGGGUGUUUCAAAUCAUUCUUGUAGCCACUCCAUCGGUGAUGUAUUUAGGCUAUGCCAUUCAUAAAAUUGCCAGAAUGGUGGAACAUAACGAACCUGACAAAAGAACCAGGAGCAAAACCUUUUCAAUGCGCUGGAAACAACACCGUGGCUUGGAGGAGACAGAGGAUGACCACGAAGAAGAUCCAAUGAUGUACCCAGAAAUAGAGCUAGAAAGUGAGCGGGAGAACAAGGAGCAGCCAGCCCUCACUAAAGCUAAACACGAUGGCAGGCGGCGAAUUCGCGAGGAUGGGCUCAUGAAAAUCUAUGUGCUGCAGCUGCUGUCUAGGACUAUGUUCGAAGUUGGCUUUCUUGUUGGUCAAUAUUUUUUGUAUGGGUUCGAAGUCAGCCCCACAUUUGUAUGUAGCAGGAAACCAUGCCCACACAAGAUAGAUUGUUUCAUUUCAAGGCCUACCGAAAAGACCAUUUUCCUUUUAAUAAUGUAUGGCGUAAGCUGCCUGUGUUUACUUUUGAAUGUCUGGGAGAUGCUCCAUUUGGGAUUUGGUACAAUCCGAGACACAUUAAACAGUAAAAGAAAAGAGCUGGAAGACUCCGGUACCUAUAACUACCCUUUUACUUGGAAUACUCCAUCUGCUCCUCCUGGCUAUAACAUUGCAGUCAAGCCAGAUCAAAUCCAAUAUACUGAAUUGUCCAAUGCCAAAAUGGCCUACAAGCAAAACAAAGCUAAUAUAGCUCAGGAGCAGCAGUAUGGGAGCAACGAAGAAAACAUUCCAGCCGACCUAGAAAAUCUGCAGAGGGAGAUUAAAGUGGCUCAGGAACGUCUGGACCUUGCAAUCCAGGCCUAUAAUAACCAAAACAAUCCCAGCAGUUCCAGAGAGAAGAAAUCCAAAGCAGGCUCAAACAAAAGUAGUGCCAGUAGCAAAUCAGGGGAUGGAAAGACCUCUGUGUGGAUUUAACGUUCGCUGAACUUGUAUUUUUUUCCUUAGUUAAUGAUAACCAGCAAUUCACUGAAUAAUUACUUUCAUUAAGUAAACAUUUGACUCUGUUUAUCUUCAGGGAUACUGUUGGCUAGCGAUCCAAGCUCUCAGAAAGUUUAUGCACAUGCCCUAGAGUUACAGAAUUUUAUUCUUGUGUCUUCCAGGUCAGGAGAAGUACAGGUAUAUUUAAAUCAUUCUUGUUGAACGGUUUACACUGUAUGUACAGUAUUAUGGUGCAUUUAUUCUGCACAAUUUUUUGUAUUUGUACGUUGGACCUCUGCAGUUAUACUUUUUAUAUUAAAGAAAAGAAAACAAUA